AUGACAGCCCUGGUUGAAACUUUGGAACCAGGCUAUUCAAAUUCCCAAGAUACCGAUGUUGGGGUAUUUUCAAACAUUUCUGGUAAAGAAGCUGAUGAUAUCAAAGAGGAUUCCCUAGAUUUACAGGAAUCUAGUCAAGAGCUUGUGAUCCCAAAAAAACCUGCAUCUGCAUAUGUUACAGUUUCUCUUGUCUGUAUUAUGAUUGCGUUCGGUGGCUUUAUCCCUGGUUAUGAUACUGGUACUAUUGGUGGUUUUGAAUCUCAUACUGAUUUCUUAAGAAGGUUUGGUUCUUUACGUAAAGAUGGUACACAUUAUCUACCAAGAGUAAGAGCUGGUUUAUUGACAGCUAUGCAAAACAUUGGUCAAGCCUGUGGCUGCUUUUUCUUAGGCCGUGUUGGUGAUUUGUAUGGCCGUCGUAUUGGUAUUGUUUUUGCUACCACUAUUUUUAUCGUUGGUACCAUUAUUCAAAUUGCAUCUGUCAAAGCUUGGUAUCAAUAUAUGAUCGGUAGAAUUGUUGCCGGUGUAGGUUGUGGUCUGUUCCCUGUGCUGUGCCCAAUGUUAAUUUCUGAAGUCUCACCAAAACAUUUAAGAGGAGCUUUAGUUUCUUGCUAUCAAUUAAUGGUCACUAUGGGUAUUUUCUUAGGUGAUUGUACUAAUUACGGUACCAAGGUUUACCAUGACUCUCGUCAAUGGAGAAUUGGUCUAGGUUUACAAUUUGCUUGGGCUUUAUUCUUAAUCACUGCCAUGCUUUUCGUUCCAGAAUCUCCAAGAUAUUUAAUUGAAAAAGGUAGAUUAGAAGAUGCUAAACGCUCAUUAGCUAAAUCAAACAAAGUAUCCGCAGAUGAUCCAGCAAUUAUCGUAGAGGCAGACCACAUUCAAGCCGCUAUUGCUAAAGAAGAAGCUGAAGGUAAAGCUGCUUGGCGUGAUCUUUUAGAUACAAAACACUUCAUCUUGCAAAGAGUUUUGAACAGUAUUAUGGUUUUAGCUUUACAACAAUUGACUGGAGCUAAUUAUUUCUUCUACUACGGUACUACCAUUUUCAAGGCUGUUGGGUUACAAGAUGGUUACCAAACAGCCAUUGUUUUCGGUGUUGUUAACUUCUUCUCAACCUUUAUUGCUCUGUAUGUUGUUGAAAAGGCUGGUAGAAGAACUGGUCUAUUGUGGGGUGCUGCUGCUAUGAUAUGUUGUAUGUGUGUCUUUGCUUCUGUCGGUGUCACUAGAUUAUGGCCAGAAGGUAAGAAAGCUGGAAUUUCAUCAAAAGGUGCUGGUAACUGUAUGAUUGUCUUCUCUUGUUUCUUCAUUUUCUGUUUUGCUACUACUUGGGCCCCAAUCGCUCACGUUAUUAUUGCCGAAUCUUUCCCAUUAAGAGUUAAAAGUAAAGGUAUGGCUUUGGCUACAGUUUCAAAUCAAUUGUGGAAUUUCUGUGUUGGUUUUUUCACUCCAUUUAUUGCGGGAGCAAUUAAUUUCUACUACGGUUAUGUUUUCAUGGGAUGUUUGGUAUUUUCUUGGUUCUUCGUUUUCUUCUUUAUUCCAGAAACAAAAGGUAUGGUUUUGGAAGAUAUUAAUGUUAUGUGGGAAGAAGGUACUUUACCAUGGAAAUCUGCUAAUUGGGUCCCACCAAGCGAAAGAGGUGCAGAUUAUGAUGUUAACGCUAUGGCUAAUGAUGACCAACCAGUAUGGAAAAAAUGUUUGGUAAGUAGUUUAGCCAAUCAUCAUCUUUUUCUUCGCUUAUAA